UCUCAGCCUCAUCCCGUAAUCUGCAGGUCUCCACCUCUCUCUUAUUCGAGGAUAUACGAAAAAAACUCCUUGGUACUUUUCAUUGCUUCGAUCAUCUGUCCGAGUUCUAAAUUGGCAUCAUUCCGUGUUGAGGGAAGGGAAUUGAAAUCGAGAAGACAAGCAGGAGAAAGCAUCAUUCACACCGUCUUCUAUUGCUGUUUGGGACGACUGAACGCGGGAUACUGCAAAUACACAUAUCCCACUACUACACGCUGUUCAGCCGCCAGCAUGGUUCAAAUCACAGAAGGAACCUUCAGUAUCGAUGAUGCGACACUGUACACAAAGACAUGGCUGCCUGAUGGCCCCAUCAAAGCCAAGAUGAUCAUGUUCCAUGGUUUCAGCGACCACGUCAACCGCUAUUAUUCCUUCUUCCCCUACCUCGCUGAGCGCGGGAUAGCCGUCUAUGGCGUGGACCAGCGGGGUUGGGGCCGGAGCGUGAAGAAGGACAGCGACAAGGGCAAGACGGGGCCGACGACCCGCGUGCUCGCAGACAUGGCCGCCUUCAUCCGCACACAGCUGCCCUCGGACGUCCCGGUCUUCGUGCUAGGACACUCGAUGGGCGGCGGUCAGGUCUUGACGUUGGCCUCGACACCCGUGUACGAGGACCUCAUCAAGCAGAUCCGCGGCUGGAUCUUGGAAUCGCCCUUCGUGGGCUUCGCGCCAGAGCUCCAGCCCUCAUGGCUGCUCGUCGCCAGCGGCCGCCUGGCCUCGCACGUCGUGCCGCACUUCAAGCUCCACCGGCCCAUCCCACCCGAGGAUGUGACGCGGGACCCUGAGGUGCAAGCGAGCAUCCGCGCCGAUGACCUCAUGCAUGACUAUGGGACACUUGAGGGGCUCGCGCACAUGCUCGACCGCACGGACGGGCUGUCCACGGGGAAGCUCGUGAUAUCGAGCAACGUCAAGUCGCUGUUCAUGGUGCACGGCACGGCGGAUAAGGCCACGAGCUUCGACAAGAGCAAGGAGUGGUUCGAGCAGAACAAAAACAGGAUCCCUGAUGCAGAGUUCAAGGCCUUCGAGGGCUUCGCGCACCAGUUGCAUGCUGAUCCUGGAAAGGAGCAGUUCUACGAAGAUGUGGCUGCUUGGAUUCUCGGGAGGUCUCCUGACGAGCCAAAGUUGACUGUCGAUUCACAUUUGUGAGGGAAUGGUGGAACUGUGGGUGAUCCCCAGGGACCCUUAGCCUCGGGGUGUUGGGAAAGGCUGGAGAUGCCGUGUUUUAGUAUCGGGGCCGCCAGAGAGCACCUUCUGAAAAGGGGCUCUAGCACUUAGCCCUGCGUAGCAGAUCGUGGAUAAUUUAAUAGGCAACUCAAAUCCGUGUGGAACACAUGCCGAUGAUAAUGAAGAAUGGCCAAGGUGGUAGUUUGGAUGGAGGCCGCUCUAUCGCUUAAAUUAGAAGGUCUCGUAGACGCACUUUGCGAUGAGAAUAAACAGUUCAUAUUUCCAUAUUCUUUCCAUCUGAUUUCUUCUGCUCUUAUGGGUUUCCUUUUUCCUGCCCGAUCCUUUAGAGCGUUGUGUCGUUCGAGGAGCGAAAUCAAUACCU